AUGGAACACAAAAACGGGCAAAAUUGCCACGGCACGUUUUUCUGUGAAUUUCCUUUGCAUUUGAAGCAUGUCACCGCGAAAGAAAACCGAGCGCUUGCCGGAUAUAGAGAAGAUAAGCCAUGCGAGCCUGGCUGCAAACGCUGGCAACAAUCAUGUUCUGAUUGUAAAUGUAAAUUUACAGGCAACCUGACGUGCAGUACAGGUGAACACUGUGGAGCAGAUUAUUCCAAGUGGUACGGCCUCUACAUCACUUGCUACACUAAAAACCAGCAAAACCAAUUUGUACCCGCAAACAAAUGGGAUUGGGAUUACUCAUCUGGAGUUGAUUAUUAUCAUUAG